AUGUAUCUCCGCGCCAUCCACGCCGAAUCGCACAUCCCAGCUCUCCACCAACUCAUCCGCCAAAACCCCCUCGGUAUCCUCACAACAGCAAUCAAAUCCCCUCUCUACCCCCUCCUGCAAUCAAGCCACAUUCCCUUCAUUCUGGACGUCCCCCAAACAGAAGACUCAUCGGACGAAAGAAUCCCCAAUGGCACCCUCCGCGGCCACAUGGCCAAGCAAAACCCCCAAGCCAAGGCCCUGAUGGAAGCACUAGCAGCGCAGCAACAACAAUCAGGCAACAAUCCCGGCUCUCUCGAACUAGAAGACGAAGUGCUCGUCCUCUUCACCUCCGAACACCACCACUACGUCACACCCAAGUUCUACACGGAGACGAAACCCGCCACAGGGAAGGUCGUCCCAACGUGGAACUAUGCCGCUGCGCAAGCGUACGGCAAGAUCCGGGUUUACUGUGAUUCGAAGUCCGAGGAGACGGGGGCGUUUCUACAGAAAGCCGUGGAGGAUUUGACGAGUCAGAGUGAGGGGUCUAUUAUGGGGUAUACGGGGACCGAGGGGCGUCCGGGGCCGUGGAAAGUGUCGGAUGCGCCGGUGCCGUAUGUGGAGAUUCUGAAGAAGAAUAUUAUUGGUAUCGAGAUUAGGAUUGAGCGGUUGCAGGGGAAGUUUAAGAUGAGUCAGGAGAUGGGGAAGGGGGAUCGUGAGGGGGUUGUCAGUGGAUUUGAGGCGUUGGAGACGGAUGUUGGGAAGGGGGUUGCGCAGAUGGUGAGGGAGAGGGGGGAGAUGAAGGAUGCGCAGAAGUAG